AUGGAGAGCAGAAAUGAUGUCAAAGCAGAUGAGAUCCUCAUGCCUGGGUUCCGGUUCCAUCCUACCGAUGAAGAGUUGGUUAGUUUCUACCUCAAGAAGAAGAUCCAGCAGAAGCCCAUCUCCAUUGAGCUCAUCAGGCAGCUGGACAUCUACAAGUUUGAUCCAUGGGACCUCCCAAAGCUUGCGAGCACCGGCAGUGAGACGGAGUCGUACUUCUACUGCCCAAGGGACCGCAAAUAUCGCAAUAGUGCGAGGCCAAACCGGGUCACAGCAGCUGGGUUCUGGAAAGCCACGGGAACAGAUAGGCCAAUUUACUCCUCCGAGGACACCAGGUGCGUAGGCCUGAAGAAGUCCCUUGUCUUCUACAAAGGCAGAGCAGCAAGAGGGGUCAAAACCGACUGGAUGAUGCACGAGUUCAGGCUCCCUUCGCUCGCCGAUACGUCACUUCCCAAGAGUAGGCCGAUCGACAAGAACAUCCCGCUCAACGACUCUUGGACCAUAUGUAGGAUCUUCAAGAAGACCAGUUCGAUGGCGGCGCAACGGGCGCUAUCUCACACUUGGGGGGCUCCAUUGCCUGGGGCAACUGAGCAAGAUCUCUUCUCCGCCCUGCAACCGGUGCAAGCUUUACAUUUUGCUUCAGAGAGCUCCUCCAGCUCAUUGCAAGUUGCUGCUGCGCUACCAUCAAAUCAGUUCAACGGCAAUUACGGCUUUCAGGGACAGCACCAGCAGUUUCAGAAACCCAGCAACACACAAGAGGAUGGCUCUUCAUGCAGGGUCAUAAGCUUCAACAGUGAUCCAUCUCUGCAAGUCCUGAAAGGUCCCAUAAUCUUGCCAUUCCAAACACAGCCGCCAUCACAGAAGCAUGGGCGCGCUGCACCACCGCUCUUCUUCGACAUGCAGUCUGGGCAGCCUGAGCAGACUACUGGCUUUUUGACUGGUUCUUCUGCAGAUGUAAAUGCCGACAUGAGCUGCAGGAACCAAGAGUCAGCCACAACAAAGCAUGGCAAUACUUUCAGCAUGAACAGUGAGCGGGAGGAUGCAGGUCUGGGGAGACUCAAUUUCCCACUCGAUUUAGGAGCAGACUCUUCAGAUGACUGGGAGUGCAACAUACCUUGGGAAUCCUUUCUUAGCCCAACAGUCCCUGCUGAGAUCACACAGUACUAG